AUGGACUGCGUGGAUUUUCCGAAAGUUUUUCCGAAUUCCCCGAGGAAAGCUCAGGGGCAAAUACAGGUCAUAUUUGGACCGAUGUUUUCAGGCAAAAGCACUGAAUUGAUGCGACGCGUGCGUCGUUUCGUGGUUGCCCAGUACAGGUGUUUGGUGAUCAAAUAUGCCAAGGAUACGCGCUACUCAGACUUAGGCAUGGCUACGCAUGAUAAAAACACAAUGGAAGCUAUACCAGCAAACUCGCUUAGAGAUGUGCGGUCGCUGGCACUGCAAGCCUGUGUCAUUGGAAUUGAUGAAGGGCAAUUUUUCCCGGACACAGUUGAGUUUUGUGAGGAAAUGGCCAAUUUGGGCAAGAUUGUGAUUGUUGCUGCCUUGGAUGGAACCUUCCAGAGAAUGCCAUUUGGAAACAUUUUGAACCUUGUCCCUCUGGCUGAAAGCGUGGUGAAGCUUCACGCCGUCUGCAUGCAGUGUUAUAAAGAAGCGGCCUACACAAAGAGGAUUGGAGCAGAGAAGGAGGUGGAAGUGAUCGGCGGAGCUGACAAGUACCAAGCAGUUUGUCGAAAGUGUUAUGGAAAUCUGAUGGCGGUCAAAGAAAACCGACCUCCCCUCAGGGAUGAAACGCCUCAACAUGUACCUAACGAGAAACUUAUGGACUCUGGAAUUCCCAGAAAGCUUUUCUCUGCCCUCCACUUCUGA